CAGCCAGAGCAGUAAGUCCCACGCUUCAACGCAGUCCACCGAGACACACCAAGAUUUUUUUUCGGCCAAAGGGUUCCCAGACGCCAACAUGCGAAUCGUGUGCAUAGCGCUAAUCGCGCUGGCCGGUGUGGCCGCCGCUAAGAUCAGGAUUCCGCUGAGGAAGGACAGGAUCAUCAUGUCGAACUUGUUCCACAGCAGUUCAGAAGAGGUGGGCCAAACCAUUCCGCUGAACUACACUCAGCUGCAAUACUUCGGCAACAUCACCAUCGGAACUCCUCCCCAAACCUUCAGGGUCAUCUUCGACACCGCCUCUAACCUGACCUGGGUGCCCUCGGUCGGAUGCAGCGUCGAGCAGUGUCAGGGCCGUCCCCUGUACGACAACCGCCACUCCACGACGUACGGAGCUUACGGCAUCUGGGUGACCGCCCCCUACAUCGGUGGCGGCGCCAUCACGGGAACGGCUGCCUACGAGACCAUCACCAUUGCUGGCAUCAACGUCACCAACCAGCUCUUUGUGGAGGCUACCGUAAUUGACCCCAAGAUCUACAACGGCGUGGAGUUUGACGGUUCCAUCGGUCUGAGCAUCGAGUCACUCUACCUGUCCCAGCACUGGUCCAUCUUCGACAACAUGUUCAUCAACCACCUGCUCCCAGAGCCCGUGUUCGCCUUCUACUUCCACCCGACCGUCAACGGUAGCGACGGUGAGCUCAUUCUGGGCGGCAUUGAGAAGUCUCACUACGAAGGAGAGCUGACCUACACUCAGAGCGCAACCGACGAAUGGCUGAUCCGCCUGCAGGGUGUCAAGGUUGGUAUGCGCUGGCUGCAGACCGAAUACAUCUACGCCAAGCCUGUCUCCACUCUUCCCUACAUCUACGGUCCCCAGUCCCAGAUUGACUCCAUCAACAAGGCCCUCAACGCCUCCAAGACCUCUGGCGACGAGUACACCGUUGACUGCUCGAACAUCACGGCCCUGCCAAUCAUCAGUAUCAAGAUCUCCGGCAAGAACUUUGACCUUCGCCCCCAGGAUUACAUUGUCGAGGUGAACUCCACCUGCUACAGUGGUUUCGUCGUUGACGAGGACCACCAACAGCCUGGUGCCUCCACCUGGCUGCUGGGCCAGAACUUCCUGCGCCGUGUGUACACCAUCUUCAAGACCGGCAUCUUCCUGUGGGACAAGCAGCUUGCCUUCGCUUACACCCGCCCAAUCGUUUACUAAAUGAUGAAAGCCUGACAACCACAGGCACUCUCAUGCACUCCCCUGAGAGAUGGCGCUGGUGCAAGCAGCUGCCGCAUGCAAUUUUUAUUAGAGUUGGUUUUCACAGUUGAAUGAAAUCAAUCUCAACUUUUCAAAUCGGCAAGAACCAGACUUUUUCAUUUCUACCGAUGUAUGUGCAUUUGAAAAGCCAGAAAAAUGGCAUCAAAUAAACGAUUCAAGAAUGAAACUGUG